GGAGAUCAGAAUCGAGAGUGGAGUGCACAGCAGGUUAGGCAGCAUCCAAGGAGCAGGAGAAUCGACAUUACAGGUCUUCCCUGCGAGCGCGCAGCACAAAUAGAACUACAAUGACCGAUAGCUACUGCAGGAGGGGGAGUGGGUGCGCAUGCUCGAAACUGGUGCAGCCUUCUCAACCCGUCCUUAUUCCCAUGGUGCCCCGCGCUCUUGAGCGGCCGGCGGCAAAGGGGGGAAGAAAAUGGCGGAAGGCAGUCACAUUAAGACAAGACUCCGAAGUUCCAAACAAACUACACCACUGUCAGAUCAGAGUUCCUCAUCUAAAAGAAAAUAUAGCAGAAAUCAGAAGUCUGGAAACUCUGAGUCCAUCACUAAGCAGGAAGGAGCCCCACAAAAGAGCAGCUUCCAGUCCCGGCGCAGUCCCAGGCUAAACCCUGGUGUGUGUGCUGAUACCAAUCUGAUUUCUCCAGGAUAUGCCAGUGUCAGCCCAAACUCCCAAGGCAGGAUGACUCUUGUCAACCCUACUGGAGAAAUUGAGGUCAGUAAGCCACCAUCUCCCAACAAGCGGCUCAAGAAAAGUCCAAAGUCACGGUCACUAUCCUGGCGACGCUCCAGUUUCAAGGGUGGUAGAGGGCGGAAAUCCCUCCCACCAAUCCACCAUGACGCAACAGAGAUUUUUGAGGGUAUCAGCACAGACUUGCCUGAGGAUGAAAGACUGGCACUGCUGCUUCAUGCGUGUUUGGAGUAUACUUUGCAAAAGCUGCAACACUCCUUGGAAACACAAGAGGCCUUCAGUCUUGAAGCCUUUCAAAAUCACGCUUCUGAUAUUUCCAAUGAUAUUAAACGCAUUGUUGAGACUAUGAAACUAGACGGGACUCUGAGGCAAUGCACAGAGAAACCAGACGAUGUUCUUCUCAAUUCAGAAACGGAGAUGCUGAUGAAGCAGCUAAAGGAUGGCAUUUCCAGAUUAAAUGCCGAGUGCAAAGCUUGGGACCAGCUGUUGGAAGUCUAUCGCCAAAAAGCAGAACAUACAGCUGAUGAUUUGGAGAAAGCAAAAGUUGCUGGAGGGGCGUUUGAACCAAUCACUUUGGAGAAUUCUCAGAUAAAUGUAAUCAGGACAAGACCUGACUACCAGAAUUUUCUGGAUGAGGAUGUGUCUAUUCUCCAGAAUAUGGAAUGUAUAAUGGACCAGCUGCAACUAACCAUGAACUUGAUUACUCGAGCCAAACAGGAAUGGGAUUCCUAUCUGAAAAAUAUAUCCGAAGAACUGGCAUCCAGAACAUUCAAAGGACUGGAAGAAUGUCCGGUACAGAAAUUCCUAACAGCUACCAAGGAGUAGUGAAGAGAACUGAGGUGACUGUUAUUGGGUUGAGAGGAGGUCUUCUCAUUGGAGUUUUGAUGCCUGUGGCAGUGACCUGCAAGACACUGUACUCACCUGGACUCUGCUCAGGAUCUCACCUGAGAUUUUACCACUCUCUGCACCUUGUGCUGGCAUUAGAGGCUAGUCAUAUGUUCUACUCCUCAUCCCCCAGUUUCGAGUUCAGCAGUGAAAGGCAGCUCUCGCCCAGUCCAGUUUGUAGUUUUACAGAUCCUAAGCAGGUGGUGAGUGAUUUCAGAGGCAUCAGGGCAGCUCUAGUGGUGUGGCUGUACAGGGAUAUCAGGUCCUUGCUCACCUAUGAAAUCUCUGGUAGAUUAUCCUGCUGAGGCUUGCUGACUAGGCUUCUGUUGAGAAUGGUCAUUUGGGAACAAAACGUGAAAGAGCUGUGGGAGCUUUUGACACAGAGCAUCAAUGUAUUUGUGGCAGCAGGAGGUCAGAAAGAGACUGGAUUGAUGUGAUGUGGUUAAAUGAGUUGAAAUCUGAGGGAAAGCCUGCCUCCAGUGGCAAUGUAUAUGGGUUUUGGUAAUCAAAUUCCAUGGCAGCUGCUACCAUUUUGAAGUGAUGUGGCCCAAUGAUCUUGUGAAAACCCACAGCAUCCUUUUGCAGAACUGGAAAUGAAUGGUUUUGCAAAUGAAUGGAAAAAACUUGUGAGCACCCUUAGUCCCACAGGUCUCACUCCAGGAGAGAGUGCAUGUAGAUAGUUGGAGUCUUUCGUCUCAGGUUUUUAUGCAGUGUAAAUUUUGGAUUAAUAGCUGUAACAUAAAUGCUGAGAUUGUUUGGUCUUAACAUUUCUCCUGUUUUUCUAGCUGAGUUUUUCUUUCUCUGCAGCAUCCAGAACAUUCAAAGGACUGGAAGAAUUGUCCAGUACAGAAAUUCCUAACAUCUACUAAGGAGUAGUGAAGAGAACUGAGGUGACUGUUAUUGGGUUGAGAGAUCUUCUCAUUGGAGACCUGUUGGUGUCCUGUUAUGAAGGUGGCUGUAGUGAUGGAUCUAAUUUAGCUGAGAACACGUGGUUUGCCUGAAUCUCAGCUAAACUCAAAACUGAACAGGAGUAGAAACUGUAAUCCCCUCUACUUAACUUUCAAUUUUAAUUCUGCAGAAUUAUGGAAUUACAUUUUAACAUCAGUAUUAUGCUAUGUGUUGUGCUUGUUAUUUACAAUAACAAAUUUGAACCAUUUCUGGAAGGUAAUUUUCAUUGCUUGUGUAAUAAUUUUCAUUGUUAAAUAAUGAAUGUUUUCUGAGCACUAAGUGAUCAGGAGAGUUUGCUUUGAGUGUUAAAAAUAGUUACAAUUUCAGAAUAAAUCUGACAUCAGUUGCUGGAUUUUCUUUGAUGAGAAACAUAGGAGGAUUCCACAUCCACAUGGUCCUUCGGAACCUGGUUUGCUCACCUGAUGUGAAAAUCAAUAUGCACAUUAUAGAAAUGAAACGACAAGAUACUUGCCCGAGAAUUCUCACUUGUGUUACAUAGAACAUAGAAGGAUACAGCGCAGUACAGGCCCUUCGGCCCUCGAUGUUGCGCCGACCGAAUCCUACCUAACCUAUACUAGCCCAAUAACUUCCAAAUGCCUAUCCAAUGCCCGCUUAAAUGACCAUAAAGAAGGAGAGUUCACCACUGAUACGGGCAGGGCAUUCCAUGAACUCACAACCUGCUGUGUGAAGAAUCUACCCCUAACAUCUGUCCUAUACCUACCACCCCUUAAUUUAAAGCUAUGUCCCCUAGUAACCCCUGACUCCAUUAGCGGUAAAAGGUUCUUAGUAUCUACCCUAUCUAAACCCCUAAUCAUCUUAUACACUUCUAUCAGAUCUCCCCUAAACCUUCUCUUCUCCA